AUGUCCCGUCUGGCUUCGCUGUCCCGCCGUCACUCCAAGUCGAGCCUUCGGUCAGACGCCACCUACCACAGCUUUCAUGACAUUGAGCUGUUCGAGCCACCAAUGUCGUCUUUAACCUCAGCCACCUCUGCAGCCACCUCGGCGGCCACCUCGCCAACCAGCCCGGUCAGCCCUGGCUGUGUGGAGUUUGAGGCCACCGAGAUGCGUCGUCAGGAUUCGGGCUACGCAUCUAUGCACCAGGACUCUCCGCCCUCAAAGAGGAGGGCCUCAGCAACGUCAUCCAGUGCCUCGGGAGGCGCCGGUGGCAGCAGCAGUGGUGCUCGGAUGCGGGCCCGGCCGUCCGUGCGACGAGCCGCCAAAUCGGGGCCAAUCUCGCAUCUGCCCCGCUCGAGCGCACACUCGCUCUACAACCGCCCUCAACAGCAGCCUCAGCAGCCGAUAACAUAUUUCCACUUCCCAGCGCCGCCUGAGCCGCCAGAGGACGCCGAGGAGCCCGCGGCCCUGGGUGCUGCAUGCCCGCGCCCGUCGUCGACACCUCCGCUUCGUGUCGCGACGUCCAGCAGCUUCGACUACGCCCCCCGACGGCAGUCGUACCAGCAGCCGCAGUCUCCCCUGCGCUCCGAGACGCCCACGUUUCCUGUGCCACCGCAGACCACGCACUACUGGACCAGCGACAGGACGCGGCGUCUGGAGUAUGCCGCUAUCGACGCCGCCAGCCGCGGCGUUCGGGGCUGGGUCAUGCGCAACAUCGUCCCCGAGUGCUUCAUCCCCAAGGAACGUCGACACAUUGGCUUCGACGACGACGGCGGCAGCGUCCGCCGUUACCGGCUCGACCUGGACGAGGACGACGCUGCCGGCGCCGCCAUCAGCGGCAGUGCGUCCGCCGAGAAGGAGUCGAGGGGCAGGCGGUGGCGUCUCUGGGGUAGCAAGACGUUCUGA